AUGAGGGUUGCUCUCGCGAGAUUAUGGUGAGUGAAGAUGGCGGCCUUCGGCGCGGAACAGUGGCAGAGUGAGUUGCCGAAUCACGAUAUUUUUAAAUUAAUUAGAGAAAAGUUGGAUCUGGACUCGAAGGGCGAUGAAAAGAGAGUCACGAAGAACCUGGCGUUUUGUUUGGGCGGGGACCUUUUCGUGUGGGACGACGGAGAGCGCGUGUUUUACACGACCAACCUGCGACAGCUGAACUCGGCGGAGAGUCAAAGCAGCGGGAAGUUUCAGACGCUGCUCUGCAUCAACCCUCCCCUCUUCCAGGUGCACCAGGUGCUGCUCAGCCCCACGCAGCACCACGUCGCCCUCAUCGGGCUGCGGGGCGUCUCGGUUCUGGAGCUUCCGCAGCGAUGGGGCAAAAAGUCCCAGUUCGAGGGAGGACGGGACAAGAUCAACUGCAGGACCAUCCCGGUGGCCGAGCGCUUCUUCACCAGCUCCGCGUCGUUGAAUCUGCGGCAGGCCGCCUGGUACCCCAGCGAGACCGCAGAACCCCACCUGGUUCUGCUCACCUCCGACAACACCAUCAGGUUUUACAGCUUGAAGUCGCCCCAAACUCCGGCUAAAGUGCUGCCCGUGUCGCUGGCGGAUGACGACAGCAGCAUCCACCCUCCCGUCAGAUCUUACGCAGCAUCUUUAGGGGAGAUCGCUGUGGCCUUUGACUUUGGGCCAGCCUCACCUCCGUCCAGGCAUCUUCUGGCACAAGGCUCCAGGGAGCAGGUGGUCUACCCGCUGUUCAUUCUGUACGAAACUGGAGAGACCUAUGUGAGCUACAGCAGCCUAUCCAACGGAGUGACCCUGAGCCGCCCAGCGGGACCCCUCCCCAUGUAUCCUGCAGCGGAGGACAACUAUGGCUAUGACGCCUGUGCCAUCCUGUGCCUGCCCUGCGUUCCCAACAUCCUGGUGAUCGCCACGGAGUCAGGUACGCUGUAUCACUGUGUGGUGCUGGAGUCCGAGGAGGAGGAGGAGACUGGAGCGGUGGAGAAGUGGACCAGAGGGACGGAGGCGGUUCCUGCUCUCUACGUCUUCGAGUGUGUCGAGCUGGAGCUGACGCUCAAGGUGGCGGCGGGAGAGGAGGAGGAGCCUCAGGAGCUGGAUUUCACCUGCCCGAUCAGGCUCCACAGAGACGCCCUCUGCCAGCAGAGGUACCACUGCACCCACGAGGCAGGCGUGCACAGCGUGGGGCUGAUAUGGGUCAGCAAGCUGCAGAAGUUCCUGCAGUCCAGCGAGGAGGAUAAGGACAGCCUCCAGGAGCUGGCGGCCGAGAAGCGCUGCAUUGUGGAGCACAUCUUCUGCUCCAUGCCGCUGGUGACCAGCCACUCCGCUCCCGUGUGCGGGUUUUUGAUCGUGUCGGACCUCUCGUUAGGCGCCACCAUGAUCUGCAUUACCAGCACCUUUGAGUGCAUCACCAUGCCCCUCCUGAGCUCCAUCCGGCCCUCCUCCCCACCCCUGCUCUGCUCCCACCCGGGCCUGAGCUCCACCAGCUCCCCCCUGCGUAGCCUGGCCGAGGACUCCUUCGAGCAGCACAUUCGCAGCAUCUUGGCCCGCGGCUCCACUAACCCUCUCGUGCUGAAGGCCGGGGACAAGGACGCGUCUCCUCCUCCCCAGGAGUGUCUGCAGCUGCUCAGCAGAGCCACGCAGGUCUUCCGCGAGGAGUACAUCCUGAAGCAGGACUUGGCCCGGGAAGAGAUGCAGAGGAGGGUGAAGCUCCUGGCGGGACAGAAGAACAAGCAGCAGGAGGAGCUCAGCCAGUGCCGGGAGGAGAAGAAGAGCCUGAGAGAGAUGGCCGAGAGGUUGGCCGACAAGUACGAAGACGCCAAGUAUCGACAGGAAACCAUCAUGAACCGGGUCAAGAAAGUUCUGUGCAGCCUCCAGAACCAGCUGCCCGUCCUGUCCAACAGCGAGAAGAACAUGAGGAAGGAUCUGCAGGCCGUCAGCGACCAACUGAAGCACCUCGACAACUCCAUCAAGCAGGUGUCCAUGAAGAUGGAGUACCAGAAGACGCUGGUGGACAAGGACGCGCCGGCCAGCAGGGGGACGGUGUCCCUCAACGCCCAGCAGAAGAAGGUGGUGCAGGACGUCCUGCGGGAGCAGGGCCAGCAGAUCGGUGACAUGAUGAAGCAGAUCAAAGACGUUAAGAACCACUUCAGUUUCUAAGCAUUUCAGACUCCUUUUUGGGGACAUUUUGUGCAGCAGAUAUUUGAUUAUAGGUAUUUUACAAACAAUCUCACUGUUUUUUUGGAAGAAUUGUUUGUUUCAUGAAAGAAAAACGCUCUUUUCAAGUCACUAAGAGCAGAAAAACAAUAUUCGGACAGAUAAAGCAAAUAUUUAAAGAUGAACUCGAAUGCCAUUCCUUUUUUUUUACAAAUGUUAUUGACUUUUGUGACAAAAAAAUAAAGUUUAAAGCAAAGUUUUACUAGUUAUUCUUUAAACAGAAUCAUUAGAGGUCUUUUUAUUAUAAUUUUUGACACAAUCUAAAAACCACUUGUUUUCCAAGACAUACAUUCUGCAGAGUGACAGGAGCUCAUUAGAAAUUCACCUCAGAGUUGUGGGCGAGACUGUUGGUGUGUAGCAACCCCGCCCCCCUUCCCCUCUAUGUUGCAGAGAGCCUGUGGCCCGCCCAGCAUGUUUUCUACAUUACAGAUAAUUUAAAACUGCAUUUUUUUCAUCUGCUCCUGAUUCACAACGAUUUGAAUAAAUAAAUACUCAGAAA